GUGCAUGUUAGGCCGGUGCUGUAUGGGUUGGAUGAUUGUGAGCUUUGCUGAAGUGAGGCCGAUUUCAGGUUACUGCAUACCACAAGGUUGCCACUGCAGCGACUGACCACCGAUGGCUGUAUUCUCGACAGGAUAACAAGUUGAUUGUUGCCUUUGUGACCUCUGACUCCUUUCCACAGGUUAUUCCGAAUUCAAGUUGCAUAGGUAGUCUCUGCAUAGGUCUCAUCGUCGCCUGUCACGGUACCUAGUAUGCUUACCAGUGUGGGGAACGCGGGCAACCUCUAUGCCGUCUCUCUGCGUCACAGUAACAAGGACUGUCAACAGUAUUAUUCUCCUCUACCGCAACGGCAAGUCGAACACGGGAUGACAGAUUUCGCUAAUCAUAACCAUUCAGCCGGACAAUCCAAUCAGAUGACGGCGUCUCACUAUAUCCAAGACUGUACGAGGUACAGAAGGGUAUCACUACCUACUCGAACCGCACAUCUACAACCACAGAUGAAGGCUUCUGUCGCGAAUACUCAUCGUGAAAGCACUUCACUAGAAUGGAAACAGAUGGGAUCACCUCACAACGUGCACGACUCUGCACGACCUAGACGAACGUCAUUGCCUUCGCAACCUACAUCACGGACGAAAGGUCCGACUGUCAUUACCUCCGUGAAUCCGAGCCGUGGAGCCACUCCUAUACCACACGCUUUACCCUGUCGGCAAAAGAUAUCCUCAGUGCCCUCACACGUGACAGACCCUGGAGCCCCGAUACCUCCUCCGAGAUUUCGAAGGACCUCAUCCCUUCACAACUAUCCGCAUUUGGGUGGACCAUCAUUAGCCAGUUCGCGUCCGCGGAAUCUGGACUUUCACGUGGACACAUUUCACAGAAGAUCGAGGUCUGCGGAUAGCGCGACAGAACAGUGCAGUGGUGAUCGUGGGCGGACGCGUUCCGCUCUCGAUGCUGCGAGAAAGGACGAGAGUGAAGUGGUGUCGGUGACACUGCGACCUCUUCAUGAUGCGGGAGGUGAUGGUGCGCAGACUUACUUUGGCCUAGUGAGGCGGCCAUCAUUGGAUAGCAGCAUCGUGUCACUGAGGACCUACAUUCGACUCCCCGAAGGGGGCCAGCUGAGCUUAGCCGAGCUGCGCGAGAUGGCGGCUCGGCAGCAGCAGCAAAUCGAGGCCCAGCAACAGCUGCUCGUUGCCAAGGAACAGAGGCUCAAGUUCCUCAAGCACCAACAGCAGCAAGAUUCUCAACAGCAGCACGGCGGAGGAGCUGAGGCUGAACAGCAGAGACUCAGGGCCCUCAGGGACAGGGUGCAGUUACAAGAACUCAAGCUCAGGCGCCUCAGGGCCCUCAGGGGACAAGUGGACCAACAGCAUGGAAACAACAACAACCUCAGUGCAGAGCUGGAGUCUAUCCGAGCACUCUUCAACGAGAAGGAGAAAGAACUAUCUGUGGCUGUGGCCAAAGUGGAAGAACUCACUCGGCAAUUGGAAGACGUGCGCAGGGGCAACAGUUUGGUCAAUGCCAACCAGACGUCAUCCACGCUGGAGCUUGACAAGCUCCGCAAGGAACUGGUGUACCGUGCUCAGCUGAAUGAACAGCAGUCUGCGAGGAUCACUCAACAGCGGGAGACACUGUCCAACCGGCAGAACGAGAUUGCCCAAAUGGACAGACGCAUCGCGGAGCUUCAACAGAGGCUCCACAGGAAGCGUCUGCACAACCAGGAGCUGCAGGCCGCGGCACUCGCGAGACAGCAGCAACAGCAGGGCCUCGCUGCUGCCAACCGUAGACCUAACGUGGCCGCUGUAGAACCCCUGCAACGCCUCCUGCACCAGGAUAACCGUAGUGCAGGCAACGGCACCUUUGGACAUCCGAACAAGAACGAUCCCAAGUAUCAGACACUGCCGUAUAACACCAAAUUCUCGGUUAAGAACAAGGAGGACCAACAAACCGAAGACAAAGAAGACGCCAACCACAAGCAACAAAGCCCUGAACCUGAUUCUCCUCCCCCCGUUGACAAACAUGCAUCUUCGAACCAUCCACGAACCUCCCAACUGCCGCCUUUACCACCCACUUCCCAACCCACCCUCCAUCCACCACUCCUCCACAGACCAUCAUCUUCCCAUCCUGUGAGCCGCAACAUCCCUCCACCAUCCUCCAGCAACCAACCCAUGCCUCGGCCCCAUGACCCUCCUCCACACAGUCGCUCAGGGCUGCCACCUCCCCCAAAUAUACCUUCGCCUCAACCCACAACUGUCAAUCAAGUGCGAACCGGACCUCAGCAGCCGCCACCAUCAAGUGCCAAUGGACCAUCCUCUUGUCCGCCUCGCAACACCAUGGGGCCCCCGAGCUAUGGAGCCCCAGUCUCAGUGCCACUGUCGUCGGGCCUUCCACGAAGUGCGAUGCCGCAUGCUAGUAUGACGACGGCGCGAGGUCUUGCGCCAUCGUCAGGGCCAUUAGUAACGAACCAACCGAGAAGUGUAGUGGGCCCACCGCCUUAUGGUUCCAUCUCGCCAAAUUCAGUUCCGGUUGGAUAUUCCCACGCGAGGCUUAGCAGUCCUGGAGGACCCCAGACAUCCAGAAGCAACGGGAUGUCACCUCCUCAGGGUGUUUUGACGACAGCUGCCGUGCCAACAACAGUGCAUGGUCAGACACGAACUAGUGUCCUACCACUCAUGCCUGACCCAAGUGCCACCAACGCUGUAUCAGUGUUGACGUCGGUUACUAGUGCAGUCAGCAGCGGCAGCCCUACACAGAGCUAUGUCGCUGCACAACACUCCCCACCAUAUGGACCAGCACAGAAACCAUCAGCUUCAUCCCAAAUUCCAAUGCCAUCUAGACUUCGUCCUCCGUCUACCAUGGUUAGCCCAAGAGGGACCUUGUCAAACAGCUCUGGUACUGGGCCAUCAUCGUCACCUCAGCAACGGGACACAAGUGGAACAGGCAACACAGCAAGCGAGCCUUCUGCCAAGCCGAAGCCCCAGCCUCCACCCAAGCCAGCAAUGUCUGUGCGUCCAGUGUUGCCUCCACGCCAGAACCAGGCUACAAAUGGAAGUUCAGGCUACGCGGAAACUUCGCUCGACGCUGUCGAUGCAACAGCCCCCACUUCCAAGAGCUCUACUGUGCCUUCAAAGUUAACAGUAUCCAACCACAGGAGUAUUUUGAAACCCGCUUCCCAAAGACUACCUCGACCUUCAACCAUAAGCCGACAGCGACCAGCCGAAACAGGUACUCCACAAGAGCAAGACUCCCAAGCCGCAGGAAACAAAAGCCCAGAGGAAGAACUUAAGCAGGCAUCCAAGCCACAGAAGGACAACAACAACAAAGCAGCAGUGGUUCCUCAGUGGCGGAAGACUAACGGAACCGGAACACGCUGCGUGACAGUCCCACCGGCAUUCUUGUUUCCGGAGCCGGGCACGAGUCCCAGCUCGGAAGUCCCGCCCAGCAGCCCGACAGGCAUGCCGUCAUUUGCCAACAGCGAAACCGGCGAAACUGGUGCAGACGACACGACGAACAAGCGGCGUCCUUUAGUGGUUGGAAGCGGAGACAGCCAAGAAAGCCCUCCGCCCAUCGCUGACAUUCGGACGGAAGGUGACGGGGGUACUUCGAGCGAGAGUUUGCCAGAUGCAAAGGAACCUGGCAGUGGUGAGUGCGGAGAAGAAUCUCAGGGUUCCCCUAAGGAGAACUUGGAUGUCAGAGAUGUGCCUGUACCACCCGUGUCUUCCAGCAAAUGGAUCAAGAAAGGCAACCUGAAGACGAAAGGUUCAGCAAAAAAUCCUCACAGAGUCAGUUUUGACCCCCUAGCUCUUCUGUUGGAUGCUGCACUUGAGGGCGAGCUUGAGUUGGUAAAGAAGACCGCAAAGGAGGUUCAGAAUCCCAGUGCAGCAAAUGACGAGGGCAUCACAGCUCUUCACAACGCUAUCUGUGCUGGCCACUUCGAGAUCGUCAAGUUCUUGGUGGAGUUUGGGUGUGACGUUAAUGCUCAAGAUAGUGAUGGCUGGACUCCUCUCCACUGUGCUGCCUCAUGUAACAAUCUUCCAAUGGUGAAGUUCCUGGUGGAACACGGAGCUUGCAUCUUUGCGACAACACUCAGUGAUCAUGAAACUGCUGCAGAAAAAUGUGAAGAAGAUGAGGAAGGAUUUGAUGGAUGCUCAGAAUACUUGUACAGCAUUCAAGAAAAGCUGGGUAUCUUGAAUGGAGGAGUGGCCUACGCAGUAUUCAGUUACGAGGCUCACAAUCCUGAUGAGCUGAGCUUCAAGGAAGGGGACAUGGUGUUGGUCCUGCGCAAAGGAGAUGAUAGCGAACGUGAUUGGUGGUGGGCACGGAUGGGAGACACGGAGGGAUACCUGCCCAGGAAUCUGCUGGGACUGUACCCUCGAGUGAAGCCGGCGAGGGAGAACAAGGACCAGACGGAAUCUGAAGCAUAAGAUGCCACAUACAGGCAACAGGGAACAUCUGGAACAAAUCAUUGUGCCUGUUGUUGAUACUAGCAAUGGUGUUUGUUCUUGUUAUUUAGUGUGCUGUGAAUGUAGCCUGACUGAAAGGUGUGUAUGACCAGGGAAUCUGCAUUUUUGCAGCGAUUCAUAAGUUGAACACUUAAGUUUCCUCUCUUACCAGACAUUAUUUACAAUAUGGCAGAGAGUAUUUCCAACUUUGUUGAGCUGCAUCUGAUCAAAAUAUAAAUUUUGUGCGUCGCGAUAGCAGCAGCCACGAAAAAAAUGUUCUCUGCCGUCACGGACUGCUCUGCCACCUUUUUGAAUGCGUCGUUCAAAAAUCCUGUUCAUUCUCACAGAACGAAACGCAAAGAAUGUUUUUCUCGUAGCAUGCGCUGUCCAAAAGAGUAGAAGUAGCGGUACGUUAUAAGAAAGUUGUUUACAUAUCAAGGCAGUUCCGUUAGGUAUCACUCUUACGUAGAUAUAAAACUGCAUGUUGUGCCAAUGUCAGGACAGAGAAGUAUUGGCAUUUCAAAAAAAAAAAAAAAAGAAAUUUAGGUCACCUCGUAGGUUAGCUAGUACACUAAGGUAUCUACAUUCCAGAAGAACAAGCAUUCACAUAUUUACAGCGGAGACGCGAAUAUUACCACUAGCAUUUUGUGUCCCGUAUUCCACAUUCCUGGUGCCAACAUCUUCUAAUGUAUCCAGGUGUACUCCGUAAUGAGUAUUGCCGUGUGGAGUAUAUAUGGGAUUUGAAUCAAAUAGCAUAUCUCAUUGUAACAUGCUCUUCUUAGGCAACUAUCUUGAAAAUGAUGGACACUGUUCUGCGCAAUCCCUUCAGGAAUUGUAGUUGCAGCGGACCCACGCUGAUGUUCGAUUGCGGGACUGAACAGCUUAUCACGAAUGGCUGUAGCAGCAUCACUGUUUGCCUCUUUGCGCCUCAAGUAUAUUCUUUCCCACUUCUCAAGCAGCUACAGUUACAGUGAAACCUCGUAUAAAGCAUGCCUGAAUGCAAAACCUUCGAAGAAUUUCCCGUAAUGUCGUGUAUUGUGGGAUGAAUAGGUAAUACGAUAAAUUGCAACCACGCUCAUAUCAUCGGGGGCUUCACCACACAGGGCUCACAAAGCAACGAUUGUGACGAGGCAAGUGCCUGUUUUAUUUGUGAGUCUUUCAUAGAUAUUUUGUCUCGCGUGACUCUUUUUUUCGAUUCAUGCAGUGCUUUCGAGCUUGAGUAUAGUUUCUGUUAUCGUGAUGUUAUUUUGUGACACCUUCGGUAUUAUUCAUUACUGAUAGUUGUGCUGAAUGGAACUAGUGCAGGCUAAAGGCUGUGCGAUCAUGUAAGACGUAUGCUUUUCUCACAGGACGACCAUGCACCAUGGCUGACUGGCUUUGGAUAUAGACCUGGAUUUGCACUUCGUUAAUUAUUUAGCACAACUAACAUGCUACCAACAAGAUCCCUGGCAGCCAUGGUUGAACGAAAAAAUUCAAAUAAGCUGGAAAUAUAAAAAUUCAGCAGCGAUGUGGUGCACUUUAAAAAUAUGCCCCGUGGACUGAACCGCUUUGCUGAUCACAAAAAAGGAACAUAUUUUUUUAAUCACUGCGCUCCUGUGAACGACAUGGGAUCUGCCAAUGGCAAGAUCUGACAACCUUGUGACUUACAUUUUUGGGCAGCUUGUACUUUGGUUUCUCAUGAAAGCUGACAGAGGAACUGGGCUAAUAACGGGAGCGGAUAAUAUAUGGUUUUCUUAAAUGGCCGAAGCCAACCCGGGCUGUAGCUGUGUGACAGUGUGAUAGGAGAGCUCCAACUACAGGUCCUAACUGCUCUUGCCUUGUAAAUUUGAGCUAUACCUUUAUUUUUCCGUUUACUGUGUUUCGUGACUAACUGCUCUUUCCCUCCUGUGGAGAGAUGACAAACUGUAAAUAUUUGUUGACGAUGCCUUUUUGUUAUUUCACCAUUUUACAACAAGAGCAUGAGAUCAAACAACUCCAACACUCGAUCCGUCCACUUAUCGCAAACAUGAGGAGUUGUGUGUGUUGCUAGCAUUUGCUGUUGGAACCUAAGCUGAUCUUUUGUCCUGCGUGUAUCCAGCAUAUUUUGCAAAUACACUGUUUCCCUUUGCCA